AUGUCUCAAGGAAACGUGCCAAUCUCACUGCUACUCGAUGGUGGCCAACGACUGCCGCCCUCGCAGAUCCAGAACCGUCCAGACCCUGCCUAUUCCCAAGGCCAACCUCCAAAUGGACCUCAAUCUGGACCUCCAUCCACAGGUCACCCCAGACCAAUGCACAACCUCAUAUCUCAAUACCAAGCGUUCGUGGGCACUCCAAUUGGCCAGCCACCAGCGAAUCUGCGCAUGGCAACCAACAACGUGAUUGUUAUCGAAGAUGAAAAGGAUCAGAUGGAUUCCAGAGCAGCAAGAGUCCACGGUGCUUCGACCGCCGCCACCGGUGCCCAUGGUGCUUCUAAUCCACCAGUUGAGAUGCUGGAAUAUGUCAAGAACUUCCAGGCACAAUUUCAGUACGAGUCUGCGCCUCACUCACAGAUUCCACUACCGUAUACUGUCGUGGCUGAGAAACCUUCACCCAAACCUAUAAAACCGGCGGUUUCCACGACGCCAACGGUGUUGCCAAGCCGAACAUCCAUUAACUCGCUUAUCAAUUCCGAUGAGUCGCCAAUGCCGGCUUCGGCGCCGGGCCCACUGCCUGCUGCUGCCGUGCAACCAGAAAAGAAGAAAAGAGCAAAUCAAAAAGCUGACGGACCCAAUAAAAAGCCAAAGUUGGAAGCUGCAAAGAAAGGCCUCAAGGCAGAUGUGAAGGCCGAGACGAAAAAGGGUGGAAAGGGUAAGAAAAAGACGCCUGAAGUGGCAUUGCCAGCUACUGAAAAGCCAACUAUUCAUCCUACAAUGACUACAGAUAAGGUCAAGGCAGCACAAGCAGUGGUGAAGCUCGCAUCUCCAGCGUUCAUCGAAGCGAAAAAGGAGACCACCGACACAGUAGACAAUGCAAGCAAUGAUGCUACUGUUUCCAGUAAGGAUAAGGAGAAAGAGACCAAGGAAAAAGAGAAGCCAACAGAGAGGCCGGUGAUUGCGCUUGAGAUUCCAUUGCUAGAUCCCAAGAACCCACAACCAGGCCAAGCGGAAGCCGUCAUCAACGUGUUAAAGCUUGCUGAGGACAAGUAUGGCUGGAAUGUAAUCCAUCCCAAUGCCAAAUCGGCAAUCGACUUAAUGGAUGAGAUUCUAGAUGAUGAAGAAGAUGGCGAAGAAGAUGAGGAUGAUGACUUGCAGGUGGUAGAGGACAAGCUGAACCCACAGCCGAAGAAGAAGGAAGAACUCACAGAGGAGCAGCUAGUGAAAAAGCACCAGACUCGAAUGAAUAGAAAGGUUGGCAAAUACGAUUACGAGGAUCCGUUCAUUGAUGAUGCCGAACUUCAAUGGGAGGAGGAAAUCACAACCACAAAAGAGGGUUUCUUUGUCUACUGGGGUCCCUUGGUGGAUGACAAGUCUACUUCGGCCACCACCAAGAAAUCUUCCGGCAAGGGAAAGAAGUAG